CUCAAAACCUUUGCAUGAGGGCUUUUCCUCUCUGCCUGUCACACACACACACUCACCGUUUCCAAGCAGUCUUCUUCAGUCUUCAAGAUGAGAGCUCUCCAGCUCCUUGUCCUUGUUCUUUCUGGGUUAGUCGGGGCACAGCAGCAGGCCCUUAUGGACUACUUGGAGAGAAGACUCCUUGCUAUUGAGGAUCGCAUCUCCUUGUGGCAUGAGCAGACCAGCCGCUAUGCCUCUGAGCUGCGCGAGUUCAAGCAGCAGAUGGUGGCACAGCUAGAGGGCCUGGACAAGAGCAAGGAGGCGCUGCGGAGCGAGUUGGACACUGUGGGAACACGCGUAGAUCGCGUGGAGAGAGAGAUGGACUACCUCGAAACACAGAAUGGCGCGCAGCCUUGUGUGGAUGUAGAUGACAAGCUGGUGGAGCAGCAGGUGACGUUUGUCAAGGAGAGAAACAAAGCUAAGUACGCCAAGCUUACAGACUGCAGUGAUAUGAUCUCCAGCAUCAAAGCCAUGAAGAUCCUCAAACGAGUGGGCGGUGCUAAGGGCAUGUGGACCAAGGACAUGGGAAGCGCCACUGGGAAAGUGUACAUCCUAAACGGGACUGAUGAUAAUACAGUAUUUGAAUUUGGGACAGUCCGUGAAUUCACGUCCUCCCAAGGCACUUCUGGAGCCACCACUAUACAGCUCCCUUCGGCCUGGCGUGGAAUGGGCCACGCCAUCUACAACAACCACAUGUACUACCUGAAGCAGGGCGAAGAGAUGAAACUAAUAAAGUUUGAUCUCCAGAAGAACAUAAUUGUGGACAGUGCUGUUUUUCCAGUUAAAAACCAGCUCCCCGUAUACAGCCUGAAUCCCGAGACCUUCAUUGAUUUAGCAGUGGAUGAAGAGGGACUGUGGGCAAUCUAUGCCACUCAGGAAAACGAGCGGCACAUCUCUUUGGCCAAGAUAGACCCCAAAACGCUAGACAUCCAGCAGAUGUGGGACACCCCUUGUGUGAGGGAGAAUGCAGAGGCAGCAUUUGUCAUCUGCGGGACUGUCUAUGUGGUCUACAACUCCAAAUUACCCAGUCGAUCUCGCAUUCAGUGUGUGUUUGACGUCAGUGAUAUGGUCAACAAUGAUGAAGCUCCACAUGUAUACUUUCCAAAGCGAUAUGGCACCCAUUCCAGCCUCAAAUACAGCCCUGUGGAACAGCUGCUCUACGCUUGGGACGAUGGCUAUCAAAUCCUCUACAAACUCCAACUAAAAAAGAAGCUAGAGGUGUAGAAGGCUGACUGAAAUGCCCAUGUUAUUGGCUUAAUUAUCUUAUUCAACCUGGUUAAGUCAUUUCAAUAUGUUUGAGCUUUGUAUUUACACAGAAAACACAACAUAUGAUUGGUUGGACACAUUUGUUUUGUUAAGACUUUACUAGAAAUUAAUGUACAGGGCUCAACAAUGAACACUUUAUCUCAGUUUGCCUGGAGCAGAACUAAUAAAUGAUUUCAUAUGUUAUGUUAAUAUCAAGUACAUACUUUCAAUAAAUAAUUUCACAAAUA